AUGUUACUGAACCCUGUCACCUCCACUCCCUUUUCGGUCAAUGACAUCCUGAGGCUGGAGCGUGAGCAGAUUGGCCCGGAGGUCUUGCAACUCAGGGGUGCACGGAGGAGCCCGGAAAGCUCUCAGUACCUGCUACCGGUCCCAGAACAGCGAGGGUCGGAGGUUCCCAGCACCGGUAGCGGCGACGGCGACAGAAGGCAGGAAGGGUCGGAGCCUCCUGAAGGUCCCUGUGAGACAGUCACAGAGAUGGACGCUGAACUGGUGGGCGAGCCACAGUCCGGCCUCAGCGCAGCCUCGCCCCCCUGCGACGGGACCCGAGUGCAGGAGCGCGACGUGGGUGACAGCGGCGGCGGCGGCGGCGGCGCGCGCGGGGAUGGCUCGGAGCAUCCCAAAGGGCGGCCCCGGCGGAAGCCGCGCGUGCUCUUCUCGCAGGCGCAGGUGCUGGCUCUGGAGCGGCGCUUCAAGCAGCAGCGGUACCUGUCAGCGCCGGAACGCGAGCACCUGGCCAGCGCCUUGCAGCUCACGUCGACGCAGGUCAAGAUCUGGUUCCAGAACCGGCGCUAUAAGUGCAAGAGACAGCGCCAGGACAAGUCCCUGGAACUGGCGGGCCACCCGCUAGCGCCGCGCCGGGUGGCGGUGCCCGUGCUGGUGCGGGAUGGCAAGCCCUGCCUGGGCCCCCGCACGCCCGCCUUCCCCGGCCCCUAUGGCGCGGCCGCGGCGCCCUAUUCCUGUUUCGGCGGCUACGCGGGCGCUGCCUACAGCGCUCCCUACGGCGGCGGCUACGCCGGCGCGCCCCCGGGCCCCGCGCCCCCCGUACCCCAGGCCAGCUCUGGCUUCAGCGGGGGGGGACCGAGCGCCAACCCGCAGGGCCAUCUGCCCGCCGCGCUUCAGGGGGUCAGGGCCUGGUGA